UUCAAAGGGAUUUCAUUUUUCCAAAAAGUGGUUUUUUUAAAUGAGUACAUGUUUUUUCUUGAGAAUAGGCAUGGAAUGAUUCUUGAUGAAGGAGGGGAGGGACAUGAUGAUAUGGAAGUAGACCCUCAUCACCUACAAACGCUAGACCGUAUUAGGCUCUACCUCAAAAAGCAUAGUUCAGAGCAAAAGUCAAACGAUGAAGGCUUAGAUGAAGAAAUCGUACUUAAAACCAAGCAACAAAGUAAUUCAUAUAAUCAGAUUGUUUUCGCUGUACAAGAGGGCUGAUGAGUAUUGUUAGACUUGAAGUAUUCAUCG